AUCAUUCUGCACACCCUUAUCCAUCUCACACCUUCAUUCAGCAUCAGCUCGGAGAAAUGGCGCCAGUGAAGGUGUUCGGGCCGGCGAUGUCGACGAACGUGGCCCGGGUGCUGGUCUGCCUGGAGGAGGUGGGCGCCGAGUACGAGGUGGUCAACAUCGACUUCAAGGUCAUGGAGCACAAGAGCCCCGAGCACCUCGCCAGAAACCCGUUCGGCCAAAUGCCUGCUUUCCAGGACGGGGAUCUCCUUCUCUUCGAGUCACGCGCGAUCUCAAAGUAUGUCCUCCGCAAGUACAAGACGGACGAGGUCGACCUGCUGAGGGAGAGCAACCUAAAGGAGACCGCGAUGGUGGACGUGUGGACAGAGGUGGACGCGCACACCUACAAGCCGGCCCUGUCACCCAUCGUGUAUGAGUGCAUCUUCAACCCCAUUAUGUACGGCAUCCCCACCAACGAGAAGGUUGUGGCCGAGAGCCUCGAGAAACUCAAGAAGGUGUUAGAGGUCUACGAGGCGCACCUCUCCAAGCACGAGUACCUCGCCGGGGACUUCAUCAGCUUCGUGGACCUCAGCCAGUUCCCCUCCACCUUCUACUUCAUGAUGACGCCACAUGCGGUUCUAUUCGACUCGUAUCCGCACGUCAAGGCAUGGUGGGAGCGUCUCAUGGCCAGACCGUCCAUUAAGAAGAUCAGCGCCAGCAUGAUUCCGCCCAAGGCAUGAUUUGAAUGCAGGAGAGGUCUCAUGCCCUGAGUUGGCAUUGCUGAUAUCGUGCUUCUUUUUCCUGGUAUCACUAAUAAGGAUAUUUGUUUUUCAAAAACAGACAUCUCAGCCUCUGCCGAUGCAUAGAUAGUUUAUAGCGUAUAAGCUGUUAGUAUAUGUGGAACUGCUUGAUUGUGUAGUUUGGUUGUUGUGCCCUUGUGUACAUGUCAAAGAUCUGAAAACUCUGGAAAUUAAACCAAAGUUUGGUAGUUAUUUUCAAA